AUGCAAACAUCACAAACAUCACAGAAACAUGAAAUUUCUUACGGCUCUGACAGGUUCUAUGUUGAGCCUGUGCAGAAUAUCUCAGGUGAGAAUCUUGACAACUAUUCUUCCUCCGAUAACAGCAGUCCAGCAUUCUAUCCUUCUCAUCAGGAUCUAGAACCGUUAAGUGCCCACGAAUCUGCUUCAACGAGUAAUAACAGUUUUCCUUACCAAAAUUCUUUGACUACUCUCAGUUUCUCUCGGAACAAUAGUUGUCUGGUGUCGAAGCUGGAGUCAAAUUCACACGUGAUAAGCCAACAAAAUUCUCUUGAAUUUGUUUAUGGUUCACCUCAGGACGACGAUUCUUACUUGACACAACAUGAUUUUGAUGACCUCAGGCAUAAGAUACAAGAGCUCAAAUCUGUUAUGCUCGGACCGAACGCGGAUAUGCUAGAUUUGUACGAUACUGAAAUUCGAGAAGAGUCUGGUUUGUUGUCGUUAGAGGCGGAAAACUGGAAGAGAAAUGUUGAGAUGGUAUCUCGAGGGGACUUGAAAGAAAUGCUUUAUACUUGUGCAAAAGCAGUCGCUGUGAAUGAUACGGACACAAUUGAAUGGAUGGUUACCGAGUUACGCAAAAUCGUAUCCAUUUCUGGAAGUCCAAUCCAACGAUUGGGAGCGUACAUGUUGGAGGCUCUUGUUUCUCGGAUGGCUUCUUCCGGAAGUACAAUCUACAAAUCAUUGAAAUGUAGCGAGCCCACUGGUAAUGAACUACUUUCCUACAUGCAUGUACUUUAUGAAGUAUGUCCGUACUUUAAGUUUGGGUAUAUGUCGGCAAAUGGAGCAAUCGCUGAAGCUAUGAAGGACGAAAGCGAAAUACACAUAAUUGAUUUUCAGAUUUCACAAGGAACGCAGUGGGUGAGCCUAAUUCAGGCUCUUGCUCGCCGGCCUGAAGGACCCCCGAAGAUCCGAAUAACAGGUAUUGAUGACUCGUUUUCAGCUUACGCCCGCGGCGGGCGCGUUGAUAUAGUCGGGGAAAGGUUAUCGGCACUUGCCCAGUCAUGUCAUGUUCCUUUCGAGUUCCAUGCUGUUAGAGUUCCUGCUUCCGAGGUCCAACUCGAAGACUUCGAACUUCGACCUUAUGAAGCCGUGGCGGUGAAUUUUGCCAUUAUGCUACACCAUGUACCAGACGAAACUGUGAACAUUCACAAUCAUCGUGACAGGAUAUUGCAUUUGGCUAAAUAUUUCGCUCCUAAGGUGGUGACUCUAGUCGAGCAAGAAUUCAACACCAACAAUGCCCCAUUCUUGCAGCGUUUUGUCGAGACAAUGAACUACUACUCAGCUGUCUACGAAUCAAUCGACGUCGUUCUUCCAAGGGAUCACAAAGAGAGGAUUAACGUCGAACAGCACUGUUUAGCUCGAGAAGUUGUCAACUUAGUAGCCUGCGAAGGGGAAGAAAGAGUGGAACGUCACGAGCUUCUAACUAAGUGGAAAACUCGUUUCGCAAGGGCUGGAUUCACGCCUUAUCCGUUGAGCUCAUUCAUCAACUCUUCAAUCAAGGAUCUUCUCGAUAGCUACCGCGGACAUUACACUCUUGAAGAGAGAGAUGGAGCGCUGUAUCUUGGUUGGAUGUAUCAAACUCUCAUUGCUUCUUGUGCUUGGAGUUGA